GCGCUUAGUCUUCAAAACUCAGGCACCUUUUGGAAAUACAACAGUAGCGGGGAAUCGCUCUAACUUUCUGUGCGCCAGACUCAACAAAUUGCUUCGACAGCAGCCAGAUCCGCGCGCUGCCUGCAAAUCUGCAACAUAUACUGCGGGUUUCUCUUUGCUCUCCUUAACUGGUGUUUUGAAUUCAUAUCACUUGAAAGUGUCAGAGACCUUUUUAAAACUUUUUGAUAGCUUUGCUUUUUGGAAAACAAAGUCUGCGAUUAUAGAUUUACGUACAACUUAUUUUAACUCAUUUUUUCCUUAUGCAUUAUCCUUGAAGAACGGGUGGAAUUUCGUGAAGCCACGUCAAGCGAUUUUUAAAGCAUUUCUUUAAUUCUCAACUUUGAUUUAUUUCACCUGAAAUUGUUCAUCUAAAGUUUUCGCAUGAAUCUACUCGACCCGUUUCUGAAAAUGACAGACGAGCAAGAUAAGUGUCUCUCUGACGCCCCGAGCCCGAGCAUGUCAGAGGAUUCUGCAGAGUCUCCUUGCCCGUCCGGGUCUGGGUCCGACACCGAGAACACAAGGCCGUCCGAAAACGGUCUGAUGGGAACCGACGGUGCGCUCGGCGACUUCAAGAAGGACGAAGAGGACAAAUUCCCCGUCUGCAUACGGGAUGCGGUCUCCCAAGUGUUGAAGGGCUACGACUGGACCCUGGUGCCCAUGCCAGUCAGAGUGAACGGAUCAAGCAAGAACAAGCCUCACGUCAAGAGACCCAUGAAUGCCUUCAUGGUGUGGGCGCAAGCUGCCCGCAGGAAGUUGGCAGAUCAGUAUCCACAUCUUCACAACGCGGAGCUCAGCAAAACUCUAGGGAAACUCUGGAGAUUGCUCAACGAAGGAGAAAAACGUCCCUUCGUGGAGGAGGCCGAGCGUCUGCGGGUUCAACACAAGAAAGACCACCCUGACUACAAGUACCAACCCCGGCGCAGAAAAUCCGUGAAAAGCGGGCAGAGCGAACCGGAGGAAAACGAGCAGACCCACAUCUCUCCGAACGCCAUUUUCAAGGCUCUGCAACAGGCCGACUCUCCCGCCUCCAGUAUGGGCGAGGUGCACUCACCCGGAGAACAUUCAGGUCAGUCCCAGGGUCCACCCACCCCUCCCACUACCCCCAAAACCGAGGUGCCCUCAGGCAAAGUGGACCUGAAGCGCGAAGGGCGCCCCCUUCAGGAGGGCACGGGCCGGCCGCUCAACAUCGACUUCCGAGACGUGGACAUCGGCGAGCUGAGCAGCGACGUCAUCUCCAACAUCGAGGCCUUCGACGUCAACGAGUUCGACCAGUACCUGCCGCCCCACGGCCACCCGGGGGCCCCCGUCCCCGGCCAGGCCCACGCGCAGGGCGGGCAGGUGGGCUACGCGGGCGGCUACAGCAGCGGCGGCGCGGGGGUGACCCAGGCGGCGGGCGCAGGCGGGCACGGCUGGAUGCCCAAGCAGCCGCAGCCCCAGCAGCAGACCCUGACGGCGCUGGGGGGGGACCAGGGCCCGGGGCAGCAGAGGCCCACGCACAUCAAGACGGAGCAGUUGAGCCCGAGCCAUUACAGCGAGCAGCAGAGCUCCCCGCAGCCAAUCAGCUACGGCUCCUUCAGCCUGCAGCACUACAGCACCUCCUCCUACCCCAGCAUCACGCGCGGCGGCGGCGGCGCCGGCCAGUACGACUACUCCGAACACCAGGGCGGCGCCAGCUCCUACUACGGCCACACGGGUAGCCAGGGGUCCAGCAUCUACUCGACCUUCGCCUACAUGGGCCCCGGCCAGAGGUCCAUGUACAGCCCCAUCACCGACACCACGGGGGUGUCCUCCGUCCCCCAAACCACCCACAGCCCUCAGCACUGGGAGCAGCAGCCCGUGUACACCCAGCUGUCCCGGCCCUGAAGGGGUACCUCCUCCCCCCAACUCGACUCAGACCCCCCCACCCCGACAGCAUAGACUUUUUUUUUCCCCACAGACACUCAAACCCGGCGCAUCACCAGUUCCACAAACCUCACCGCAUUGUAAAAGAAAGAAAAAAAUGUGACCGGCUGGACUUCAAAACGUAGUAAAAAUAUCUGAAUGGCUCACAACAGUGCCUUUUCUGUGCUUCAGAAUUGUGAUUAUAUUUUUUUAGAUAUGAUUAAGAGAAAAAAAAUACUUUUGAACAGAAGAAUCCUCUGUGAGGACGUAUCAGUUAUGAAUAUUUUAGUAUGUACUGUGUAUGUAUGAUUUAUGACUUUUACCUUUUUUGUUCGUUAUUUUGGGGGAUUUUUACAUAUUUGUAGAAAAAAAGGCUCUUAUUUUUUUCUAAAUCAGCAGUUAGUGAAGUCCUCUAUGGCCAUAUUUCUGUCUGAUGUAUUUUUGUACAGUAACAAUGGUUAAAAAAAAAAAAAUUCUCUCCUUUCAAAUCUGCCUUCAUGUGAUGUAGAGAUGCUUUCUGUACGUCUUUUAUAAAAAAAAAUGGUACGGAAUUGAGAAAUGGUAGAGUUUAAUAGUUCUGAGUUUACCCUCUUUCUUUAAUUUAAACUACGAAAGGGCCAGGUUAUUCUUUAGUUUUCGUACGGCGGGCUAGGAGAUCACCAGGAAGGGGUUUUUGGGGAUGGAGGAUGGGGGGGGGUAGCGAUCGGGUUUUUUGUUCAUUCUUUUACAUUCCAGGACCUGACAACCAGCGUAGUGGAGUUCCGCUUUUGCUCGGUAUGGAGACACAAUACAGCCUUUGUGCCAUCAGUGCCUACAUAGUGUCAAGGUGACGUGUCGGAAACGACACGCGUGCCAACGCCGCCAGCAUCGCCAGCACCAGAGGCCGCAGCUGAGAUCUUACUUCCUGAUUGAUGCCAUCUUUUCAGGGGCCACAGGAAGUCACCUUUGACCCUAGGGUCCUCUGCGAGCCUCGACAGCUUGGUCUUAAUUCCCCUGCCCUCUUCCAGUUCUAACUCCUUUAAUUUAUUUGUUAGCAUUAAUUUUAUUUGAAAGUAAUUAUUAUUUACAUUUUUAUUCUUUAAUUCAGCAGUAUACAACUAAUUAAUUUUUUAAAAAGUUACCUUUUGAAUAUAAAGCGAUAUAUUACACAAACAGUUUUUCAUCAGAAAGGUACAGAUUGUAACCAUCUCCUUUAUUUAUCAUUUGUACAUUUUUGUGUCUUAAAUGUCUAUUUGUUCCUUUUGGUUGUCUAGUUGUGUACAGAUUACUUUUAAUUAUGACAAAACUUGAUCUAAAAAAUUUAAAAGAAACAAAAAACUGGAAGUUUUUUUUCAUUUUAACAAAGGUGGACGUUUAUUUGAAGCUGUUGCUGCAUUGUAAAGAUAUUUUUCUUUUUAAGAUGACCAGUAUCAGCAUACUUUUAUUUAAAAAAUGUUUAUUUCUUACUCUGCAUAUUUUAGUUCUUACAUUGACAUGUUUUAAUGCAGCUGAAAAAAUCCUUGUUUCUUAGGUGAAGAUUUAUUUGUCUUUAAAGAAGCUUUUGUAUUAUAUU